AUGGCCACCAGUCCCAGCGCCCCCCAGCCUUCCAGCAGCAUGGAGGAGACACAGCAGCCCGAGCAGCCAAUCAGCACGCAGCCGGAAGCCACAGAAGCCGACCACGCCACCGUGACUUCUCAACCAGCCAGUGCUGAGCAGGAAGCCCCCUCCUCGACGACAGACGCUCCCGAGGCCAAACAAUCACCUGAGCACCUGACGGUGAUCAGCGAAAACAUGGAGACCAGUAACGGUAUCGGUCCGGUGAUGGUCGACUCCUCUCCCACAGCGCCCUCUGUGUCGCCCAAGCUGUACGCUAAGCCAGGCGGCCAUGCUAAUGGUCGGCCUCGUUUGGGCAGCCGGUCCGGCUCGUUAGCGGCGGGCUCGCCCAGGCCCUCGCUCACCCGCCAGCCCAGCGCAAUCACAGAGGCCGCUGUGGACGGAUCCAAGCCAAGGGACUACCUGAUCCUGGCCAUCCUGUCCUGCUUCUGCCCGCUGUGGCCCAUCAACAUCGUAGCUCUCACCUUCUCCGUGAUGUCCCGAAACAGUCUGCAGCAAGGCAACAUAGACGGAGCUCGUCGCUUGGGUCGCAACGCCAUGGUUCUGUCUGUCGUGGCCAUCUUGGGAGGGAUCGCCAUCAUCACUGCAGCCAUCAUCCUCAACUGGGGAUCAGUGAUAUUAAAAUCCUGAUGAAAUCCCCUGGACCGCCACGACGCCGCUCCCCCUCCCGUUCCUGAAGCACUAUCGUUCUCAAGCGCCUGCACCGGAUGAAAACCCAAUAAAAAUCUGUUCCCGUUCUUUGCUGUUGUUUCUUGCUGCACGACGACAAGCAUGGUCUGCCUGACGCUCUACCUCCAACUCGACCAACCCACUCACCCGCCUGCCCGCCCGCCAACCCACCCACUCUUGACACCGACGCCCCAUCUGGAUAUGCAGUAGGAGACGGGAUGCAUCGUUUCAUCUCCUCCUCAGACUGUUUUCUCCCUCUCUACACGCUCUCUCAUCGAUGAACAAUUGUGUCUGUUGUCAUGGAAACGGACAUCUGUCUCUAUGGAAGUUGGAUUACUCUGAUCUCUGAAUGAGUCUCCGUGCCACAGGUCCAGUA